GUCUUCUGAGGCUUUAUUUAUCUCAGUGGUACGUGACUGAAAACACUUGCUUAUCAAUAUCGCAAGAUAUUGCUAAGAUAUUUUCCUUGUGUUCUGCUGGUUGAUUUGAGUAGGUUUUCUGUAAAUCAGCCAUAAUCCCUAAAAUGGCACAGUCAGUUACUAGCCAAGGAAAAUCAGAAACCGUUGAACUGGCCAAAGCACUAGAGCAUAUUGAAAGUGCCCUUUCUGGAGUUCUCAGCAGAAUCCAACAACUGAAUGAAGAAUCACAACAAGCCAAAACGGAAAUAUCUCAGACCUUUGGAAGGCAGCUUUCUCAUCUCCAUAGCCGUGAAACCCAACUUCUGAGACAAGUGGAUGUCAUUUUCCGUUCCAGAGGUGAGUUGCUUCAGAAGCAACUAGCUUAUUGCUAUCGCUUCCUUGGGGCUCUGGAAACAUCUAGAAAGUGGUCAGAACAAUUGCACAAAUAUAGCUGUGAUUUGGCGAUCGAUAAUAGAGAAUUCGAAGAGAUGAAAAAGUGGGCGACGUCCAUCCCUUUAAACUGGACCCUGGAUGAAAACGCUUUAAGCAAAGCAAUUGCAAACUUUGGUAAUGUAGACAUGGAUGGGGUUCUCUUGUUACCGAAUUCGGAGCAAUCUAGUUGUCUUCCAAGCAGGGUGGAAGAAUAUUUUGAAGAGGAACAUCAGGUUUUAAAUAAACCCUUGCAUUCAAAUAUAAUAGACAUUAAAUUUCCUAAGCUACCCAAAGAUUAUUCGUAUUGGCUGUCUCGCCCAGCACAACAAGAAGAGAAACUAGAUUCUGGUUAUGGACCAUAUCGUAAAGGUACAGAUAGCUAUAAACCAUGCGACGUUCAAACUUGGCUGGGUUGUUUGCAAUCCGAAACUGCCCCUGAGCCUAUGGAUAACGUAUCUGAAUCUUCCCCCGAGUUAGUUACACUAGCUGAUACUGCCUCUUUGAACAGUAGAGACUCCGAUAGCAUUGAAAUAGUGUCAAUUUCUAACAUGUGCCUCAAGUUCGCCAACGGCCACGGUGAAAGCGGCACUGCAUGUCAUCAAGUGUUGGGGGAUUUUGAAAUUGAAAACUUGGCAGACAACUUUAGCUCCUGUCUAAAAACCGACAAGCAACGCUGGUUGAUUUUGGAACCAAAAGAAACCCGUGACAUUCCAAUCGCUAAGGCAUGUCGUGCCAACUCCGUGUGCGGUUCCUAUGACGCAUGCAUCUGCGAAAUCAACUGUCACGAUGUGGCACAAAAAAAUCGUGAAGAAAAAGAAAAGCAAGAAAAUAAAACAAAUGAUUAUCGCCUUUGGCUACAUACAGCCAGUCCGUUGGCAACUCCUUUGGCAAACAACAAUAUUCCACAACUUUCGCUGUUCUCUGACGAUGACUACACCCUUUGGCUUCACCCCGAUUCCUUAGCUUGCAUGACCAAACCUGCUUCGAAUAAGAUUCCUGAAUUUCCAUCUGUUUUCUCCGAAGAGGAUUAUCGUAAGUGGUUGCAUCCGGAGUCAUUGGCUGGAGCACGUACAUCAAAAGAUUUCGCCAAUUGUUUGUUCAAAUAUCAAAAUCUCAACCCGGACGCUUCGGAAACCGGAGUCAACUCUAUGGACGGGAUAAUGACGACCUCGGCCUCAAAUUGCGGCAAUGUUUGGUUGGCUAGUAGCUCGGUUAACCAAACAUCGACACAACACUCUGGACUCUCUGUCAGCGAUGCGCUCAACGAAAUGAGGCAAAGUAGCGGAAAGCUAGCACAUGUUCAAAAUAGCUGGGCCCAAUGGCUGAAACGUUAAAACAUCUUGCACAAAUCCAUAACCUGAAAAGGGGAGGGUUAUUAACAAAAAAUACUUUUAGUUCAUGCACAAUUUUUCUUUUGUUUUAAAACCGUUCUCCGCCACUGCAUCGGGAUGUAGUUGCGGGAGAUUAUAAAUGCAUUAUAAACAUAAUCUUCAUCAAAAGCAUUGACGUAGAAUUUCACGGCGUGAUGCAACGCGUUUUGGUUUUCUCUUCGGUUUUUAUUGGCUGGUCUACUCGAAAAAAUUUGUUUUGACACUUGUUGAAUACAUGCGACCGCGUAUCGCACUGGCUUUAA